AUGAACUGCCUCAUCAAAUGCCUACUAGACAAGAAGAAACUUUUCUUAACUGCAACAGGUGCCAUCUGCAAACGUGAUGAGAGUUGUGUCCUCGAGGUCACUGAUGAAGUUGUUAAACAGGACAAGUCCCAGUAUGGACACUUGCAUACUUCACUCGUCACUGGCUUCCAGUUGCCCUGUGCCCCAAAGCAGCAAAUGUCCAACAGCAGCUCCCUCAACGAGUUCCUCCUCCGGGCAUUCAUGGACACACGGGAGCUGCAGCUCUUGCACUUCUCCUUCUUCCUGGGCAUCUACCUGGCUGCUGUCAUGGGCAACGGCCUCAUCAUCACAGCUGUACUGUGUGACCAUCAUCUCCACACACCCAUGUAUUUCUUCCUCCUCAGCCUCUCCCUCCUUGACCUGGGCUCUAUCUCCACCACUGUCCCCAAAUCCAUGGCCAAUUCCCUCUGGAACAUCAGGGCCAUUUCCUACUUUGGAUGUGUUGCCCAGGUCUUCCUGGUUGUCUACUUAUUUGCAGCAGAGCAUUCUCUCCUCACUGUCAUGGUCUAUGAUCGCUAUGUUGCCAUCUGCAAACCCCUGCAUUAUGGGAUCCUCAUGGGCAGCAGAGCUUCUGUCAGAAUGGCAGCAGCUGCCUGGGCCAGUGGCUUUAUCUAUUCUCUCCUGCACACUGCUAAUACAUUUUCCAUACCCCUCUGCCAAGGCAUCACAGUGGACCAGUUCUUCUGUGAAAUCCCCCAGAUCCUCAAGCUCUCCUGCACAGACUCCUACCUCAGGGAAGUUGGGCUUAUUGUGGUUAGUGGCUGUUUAAUCUUUGGAUGUUUCAUUUUCAUUGUGCUGUCCUAUGUGCAGAUCUUUACUGCUGUGCUGAGGAUCCCCUCUGAGCAGGGCCGGCACAAAGACUUUUCCAUGUGCCUCCCACAUCUGGCUGUGGUCUCCCUGUUUGUCAGCACUGUCAUCUUUGCCUAUCUGAAGCCCCCCUCCUUCUCCUCCCCAGCUCUGGAUCUGGUGGUGGCUGUUCUGUACGCAGUGGUGCCGCCAACACUGAACCCGCUCCUCUACAGCAUGAGGAACAAGGAGCUCCAGGAUGCAUUGAGAAAACUUUUUCAACGGGUGCAGUUUUAG